AUGGUUACAGUAUAUGGCGCGUUCAUCCAGUACAAAGUGAUUCAUUACCUCCGGUCUACAAACAUGAUAUAUUGUUAUGGAGGUGCCAAUCGUCAAGGAAAUUCAGGUCUUUCUAAUCAAACUUUAUCAUGGUUUGAUAGUGAAAUUUACAAUCAUCAUGUUUAUCUUGAUGUUUCCGAACCAUUGAAUGUGUCUGCUGCUAAUACUCAAUGGCAACCUGUUCCUCCACCCAGCAACAAUUUUCAACUGGAACCACGUUGUGAUUUUGCUAUGAUCAAUCAUAAUGAUACAGGAUAUACCAUCGUUGGUGGUGCUGGCCCUUCCAUUAAUCAUGGUGAUCAAAGUCUUGUCAAUAUCACUGUGGAUUACAAUGCAGAUUUGAAUAUCUGGGGUUCCAUCAAAAGCCUAAACGAUUCACAGCCCACAUUGAAUAUGUCCAUGGAAAUUCAAAUGUUUGGUACUCGUGGUGUUAAAAUCACUAACUCUCAAUAUAUGAUCGCUGGUGGUAUUCCUCCUAAUAAUAAUACCGUCAUUCAAUCAAACUCUAGUUAUGUCGAUGUCGAGGCAGAGGAUCCCACUUGGGCACAAAUGACUUCUUACACGAAUCCUAUUACAAGAGGUGGCAACUUGCUCCCAGAACCUUCUCGUGUUUACCGUGUUGCUCUAGCUACAAGCAGCAAUGGCAAUGUCUACUUAUUUGGUGGUACGCGCCCUAUGAAUGCCACAGAGAACUACGACUAUGUGAAUAACUUGGGUUAUUAUACUUUUGAUUCUCUGCUCGUAUUUUAUCCAUCUCAAAAUCAAACGUUCAACGUCAUUACACCAAGUAAUCCCGACAAUGCUCCCAGUAUUCGAGAACUCCACACCGUGACAAGUAUUCCAAAUACAAACAAGAUGCUUCUUUAUGGUGGUGUCAACGAUGGAGCCAAUUCUGACUUUUGUUAUACCUAUGAUACUGUAUCUGGACUUUGGAAUGUUGCCAAUUUUACCAAUGGCGAUGGUGCUGGACGUCGAUAUGGUCAUCAAGCAGUUAUGGUAGGCAAUGAUUUGCUUUAUAUUAUUGGAGGUAUCGAUAUCACCAACACUGUCCAAAACGAUGUACAUAUCUUGAAUGUCACCAGUAUGACAUGGUUGAAUGGAUCUUACACAAAUACUUAUGAUCAAAUGAACAGCGCCUCUUCAUCAAACAACAACAACAACAACAAUGGAAGUGGAUCAUCCUCUCUUAGUGGAGGUGCUAUUGCUGGAAUUGUUAUUGGUUGUGUCGCUGCUGUGGCUCUAGGUGCUGCGGCUGCUGUGAUCUUCUAUGCACAACGCAAAAAGAAGAAAUCGUUAUCAUCUGGCGCUGCUCCUGCUGGUUUUGCUCCUACCACUCCCUCGAUGACAAAGAAUACAAAGGAAUACAACAUGACGAAUAGUUCUGGAUCUCCAGCCAAUGAUGGCUCCACCACUCUUUAUGCAUCAAAUCCUACUGAAGGCACAUCUGGUCACGUUCCUACUCCUGGCACCAUAAAACCGAGCAAAUAA